CACAAUCUGAAGCAUCUACCACUCUGCCACUUUUUCAAGACUUUAUUUUAUUUCUAACUAGAAAUUUCACUAUCAAAUAUUUCAAAAUGUUCUCCUUCAUUACCACCACUAUCUCAGCUCUUUGCCUGGCCCUCACUACUUCUGCUGCUCCCACUGAAGCAGGCGUUCAAGCAGCUGCCUCUCAGACUGGCGAUAUAACCUGGUACAACACCGGCCUUGGCGCCUGUGGCCAAACCAACAACGACAGCGAGCUCGUCGCCGCCGUAUCCCACUCUCUUUAUGACCGCGAGCACCCCUGCGGCCGCAAGAUCCGCAUCAACUACCAGGGCAGGUCCCUGGUAGUGACCGUUGUCGACCGCUGCCAAGCUUGUGCUGAAGAUGAUGUUGACCUCUCUCCUACGGCUUUCGAGAAUGUUAUUGGCCCACUUGGUAUUGGCCGUGUCACUGCUAGCUGGGACUGGGCUUAAGUCAGCCUAUCUUGGCCGCUCUCAAUGUGAUCUGGAGCUUUUUUCUUGAAAGGAAUUGAUUUUAUUGUGGCUGAGAAAAUGAAAAAAGAAAAAAUGAUAAAAAAAAUGAAAUAUGAGGCAGAUACUGUUAAAUCCAUUGAGAGAUAGCAAUAAUUUGAACGCCU